AUGAGUUUUCACCCUCCUAACGUACCCACUUCUCUCUUUUUCGUCUCCCUACUUAUUUUCACUUCUCCUUCAUCUGCUCCACGUAAGAAAAAUACUUUUCUCUUUCUUUUUUUUCUUCUGUGGUGCUCGAUUUCAUGUCCAUUCUUUAUUUCUUUUUUAAUUUUUUUUCUUUCAUUCUUUCGUUCUUUCCUUUCUUUCUUUCUUUCUUUCAUUCUUUCUAUUUCAUUCCUUUUUUUUUUCUUUUGUCAUCUUCUCUCUUUCUGUUUUUAUUUCAUUUUUAACAUUAUUUCUUUCAUUCUUUCGUUCUUUCCUUUCUUUCUUUCUUUUCUUUUUUUCUUUCUUUCUAUUUAUAUCUUUCUUUUCUUUCUUUCCUUUUUCUUUUUUCUUUCUUUCUUUCUUCUUUCUUUCAUUUAUCUAAAUAUAUUUUAUCUUUCUUUUCUUUAUUUUCUUUCUUCUUUCUUUCAUUUAUCUAACUAUAUUUUUCUUUCUUUUCUUUCUUUUCUUCCUUUGUUUCUUUUCUUUUUCUUUCUUUUCUUUCUUUCUUUCCUUUCUUUCUUUUCUUUUUUCUUUCUUUCUGUUUUCUUUCGUUCUUUCUUUUAUUUAUCGAAAUAUAUUACUUUAUUUCCUUUUUAUCUUUCUAUCUUUCUUUUUUUAUUUUCUUUCUUUCCUUUCUUUCUUUAUUUUUCUUUCUUUCUUCUUUCUUUCCUUUAUUUAUCGAAAUAUAUUUCUGUAUUUCCUUUUUAUCUUUCUUUCUUUCUUUUCUUCCUUUCUUUUUCUUUCUUUCUAUCUUUCCGUUCUUUAUUUAUCUAA